GGCAGUUGAUGCUGCCUUGCCGCUUUACGUCCUGCUACACCUAAAACAGCCAAACAGGUGCCCAAAUAUGACACGCCUCUAAAGAAUCAGCUAUAAAAACCUCUGUAGUCAGCAUCUUGUUCUGCAGCUAGAAGUUGCCUGUGCUUUUGUCACUGCCAUAAUGGGGAACUGCCAAGAUAUCUGCAAAACGUUCUGGUGCCGUCCUAAGAACACGAAUGUCCGGAUCAGCCUGCCAGCUGUCUGCUUCGUGUGGCAAAUUGUCAUGAUCAUCCUGUUUGGAGUUUUUGUGCGCUAUAAUCCAGAGGCUGAUGCACACUGGCCUGAAUUUAUGCAAAAACAUAAUAUUACAAGCAAUAUUGAGAAUGACUUCUACUACAGAUAUCCAAGCUUCCAGGACGUGCACGUGAUGAUCUUCGUGGGUUUUGGUUUUCUCAUGACGUUUCUGAAGCGUUACAGCUUUGGUGGGGUGGGCUUUAACUUCCUCAUAGCUGCCUUUGGGGUGCAGUGGGCUCUGCUGAUGCAGGGCUGGUUCCACUCACUGGACCCCACAGAUGGGACCAUCAAAAUUGGAGUGGAAAGUCUCAUCAAUGCUGACUUCUGUGUGGCUGGGUGCCUAAUCGCAUUUGGAGCUUGCCUGGGAAAAGUCAGUCCUGUACAGCUCAUGGUGAUGACACUCUUUGGCAUCACUUUGUAUUCAGUCGAAGAGUACAUCAUCCUCAACAUCCUCAAUGCCAGAGAUGCUGGUGGUUCCAUGGUCAUUCACAUAUUUGGAGCAUAUUAUGGUUUGACAAUAUCCUGGAUUCUCUACCGACCAAACUUACACCAGAGCCAUCGUCUCCAAGGCUCACACUACCACACUGAUGUUUUUGCCAUGAUUGGUACACUCUUCCUCUGGAUGUACUGGCCCAGUUUCAACUCUGCCAUUGCAUACCAUGGAGAUGGGCAGCACCGUGCAGCCAUUAACACGUACCUGAGUCUGACGGCCAGUGUCCUCACCACCUUCGCCGUCUCCAGCCUCUCUGCCAAGAGGGGCAAGCUAGACAUGGUUCAUAUCCAGAAUGCCACCCUGGCUGGAGGUGUCGCCAUGGGUACAGCAGCUGAGUUCAUGAUCACGCCCUACGGCGCACUGAUCGUUGGCUUCUGCUGCGGCAUCAUAUCUACCUUUGGAUAUGUGGUGUUGACUCCUUUUAUGGAGAAGUAUUUGAAGAUCCAGGACACCUGUGGAAUCCAUAAUCUGCAUGCCAUGCCAGGUCUCCUUGGGGGAGUUGUGGGUGCUAUCACAGCUGCUGCUGCAAGCACAUCUAUCUAUGGACAGCAAGGACUGUUAAACACCUUUGGAUUUGUGGGGGAGCUUUCAAAUAGGUCGCCAGGAACACAGGGAGGCUACCAGGCUGCUGGUAUUUGUGUAGCUCUUGCCUUUGGAAUUGUUGGUGGAAUAUUAGUGGGUUGUAUCCUGAGGUUGCCGAUCUGGGCGGAUCCAGCAGAUGACAACUGCUUUGAUGAUGAAGUAUACUGGGAGCUGCCUGAGGAUGAAGAAAGCAUCCCUCCAAUUCUGGAAUACAACAACCACAUGAUUACCAAGAACCCUGAAACAUGCAUGUCUGAGUCAAACUUCUCUGUAGAACAGUGCUAGUAGGUUGCUAUGACUACAAGAUGACCAUAGUUAAUGUGAACCAGAUAAUGUCUGCUGCCAUCCCUUGAGUGAAGCUUCAGGAUGUCCAAGAAAAAGGUCACAGCGAGUACAACCAGUGUGUGCUAAAAAACCUAAGAUGAAGCACAGCAGCACUUUGUUUGAUUAACUUUGUACUUAGAUAUACAAAUAUUGUCACUUAGUGGAUAUAAACAAUGCUUUUGUUGACCUAUAAAAACUAAAAUCUUUGUAAAUUAACUGGUUUCACAUGUGUAAUAUAGUUCACUUAAAGUGAUAGCAAUAUAAAAAAAAUCAUUGUUCUUGUGAACUGUAAAAACAAAAAAACACAUCCAUGAUGAUAAAAAUAUUGUUUUGUCUGUUGGUUAAAAUGUCUAGAACAAAAUGGCAUAGAUUUGUUUCAGGCUCCUUAAGCCUACUGACUAAAGUGAGAUCUGUAUCGUUUCAUCUCUCCAGAGUAAGGCUCCAUCAUAACGUGCUAACAGUCAUAUCUGUGCCUAAAGGUACAAUCUGUUGUUAAGCUCAUUACCAAUAGUAUACAUUUUUAAGUUUUGAGAAUGUCACAAAUUUUAUUGAAUGUAUUUAUCUGCUGACAAAGAAAUGUUUUAAUGACUAUAACGUUUAUUCAUUUAUUAAAUUGUAAAUUUCUUGCACUAAUAAAUUUGAAUUUUCAAAACUG